ACUCUCUCAUUACAUUCAUGGUACUUCACCAUCUGUGUAUCUCUCACUAAAAUUCAUUUUUCUUCUUCGUCUUCCAUUUCUUCGUAAUUGUUAUCUUCGUGUAUCAUCGAUCAUGGAAUUCUCAAUAAGAGACUACACUAAAAAGAUGAGGACCAUUAACGCUUUCGAAUGUUGGCCAUUCCCGGACAGGGAGGAGCUCAAACAAGAUAAAAUCAUAUCCAUGCUACCUCUGAUGGCCGUUCCAAAACGGUCAAGAAGCCGUCGUCGCCGCCGUAGUAGAUACGCGAGAAAUUCGAAUAGAUCAAAUAUAUGUUUUACUGAUGUUGGUGGUACAUCAGCGUCUGGGGAAAAUUUAUCAAUUAGGUCAAAUUUGAGGCCCCGUACAAUUGAGGAUAUUUUUAAUCGAAAAAAGGAUAGGGAAAACCGUUUGUCAAUCCCCACACAAUCUCGAAUGCUGAUACAUUUGCCACCCCCACCACCACCUCCUCCAAUUCCAACAUAUCCUUCCAUGCCACCUCCACCACCUCGGCCUCCCAAAACCCAAUUAUCUUCCCCAUCGUUUUCGCAGAUCGAGAACAUGUUAAAUAUUAUUGUACUUGAUGAUGAAGAAGAUGAGGAUCCACAAAUGGUGAGCAAAUGCAGAAAAGGGACAGAGACAUUAAAUGUUGAACUACCAAAAUCAAAUGAAGGAUGCUUGACUUUGGACGAAGAAAAAGAGGAAGUGGAGAUUAAUAGUCUUGUGGUGGAUGCUGAAAGAACAAAAGAGUUGCGAUCGAAGUUUCCAAUGAAACGAUCAUCAAACAAAAAUCUAAUGGUGGCAUCGAAGACCAACUUUGCCGUUAACGGGGAGCACAACAUAAAAAUCAAGAAAAAAGAUAAAUAUGAAGUGAAAGUUGAAGAGUUAAAUGCAUCGAAGUCAAUUCAGAAGCCAAAUGCAUACGUAACUGAGAAAUCAAGAUUCUUUUCUAAAAAGGAGAAAAAAGGAGUAAGAAAUAACAACGUGGAGCUGAAUAUUAGCAGAAUGACAAAUAUUAAGAUGAACCCGCUUGAGAAAUCAGGUAAGAGAGGUUCUUAUAGUGGUUUACCUGUGAACAAUAUUUCCAAUCCUUGUAGCCAAGAAAAUAUUAGCAUUGUAAAACAAGAGUUGUUCGAUCCAAUUGACUCUGAGUGGAAUAAACAAGACAAGGGUAGAGAUGUUUCGAUUGGUAGAAGCAGUAAAGAGAAGAAAAAGCAACAUGCUGGUGUAAGAGAACUUCCCUUUCCCGAAGAUGGUGCUAAGAUAAAACCACACUCGGGUUCACAAUUGCAAAUUUCAUCUGAGAAGGUUUUUCGGUCAAUGAACGUCGGUGACAGUAGAAAUACUGGUUCAAAUUUCCCAGACAAGUCUAAAGCAAGAACUAAUCCUCAAGGACUCAUCUUUCAGCCUUCUUUGAGCAAUGCUGAAAUGAAUGAUAGAAAAGGGGGACAUCAUGAUGCAAGUUCACCCUUGAGGUUACCGUUUUCAUCUCCACCAUCAACAUGGCUAUCAUCCUCAACCGCAACUCGCGAAAGGCUUCUUAGGCCUACUUCAAGUAACAGUUUUCCUCCAAAUACAUGGAACCUUAAUUUCACUACACCUUCUUCAAAUCAUCCAUCAAAUGCCAUGUAUCCUCCAACCUCUGUGAAGAAUUUCAAUGUGCCUCAUUUACCAAUUGUUCAAUCUACUCCAAUUGCGAAUCAACCAUCUUUCGUAAAGAGUAGCUACCAUUCCUUCAUAAAUUAUAGGAAGAGACCGGCUGUUGAAAUUAUUGAUUUCACAAAUCCCCGUAAGUUACAAAAUGUGGGAGCAAAUUCAGAAAAUAACACAAGAGAAAUUGAAACUGAUAUCUCUGAUGUUCUAAGAAGUCGUCUUGGAGUUGAUCCCAAUGCUGCACAGAAAUCAGAGAAGGAUCAUAUAAAUUAAUUUGACUUGAUUUUGUUGUCCAAGAACUAAUCAAGUUAUGGAGGUAGGAAGUGAAGCUUUAUCAGAGUAGGUCACUAGAGUUCUUGCGGAGGUAGGAAGUGAAGCUUCAUCAGAGUAGAUCAUCAGAAUCUUUGGGGAGAUAGAAAGUGAAGCUUCAUCAGAAUAGAUCACCAGAAUCUUUUUAUUUUUAUUGUCAGAACAAUUGCUUAUGUUAUUUUGAUAUAUUUAGACUUGUUUAUUUUGGGAGUAGCAAAUAUAAUUUAGUCAAACUUUAAACUUGAAGACUUAUUAUGUUAUUUUGAAGAUAUGGGACAA